AUGUCUUCUCUAGGCGUAUUCAAGUGCACCCAGUGCGACAAGGUCUACAAGACUCGGACCUCUCUGACUCGCCACGCCCACAACCACUCCCGCGGACCGCCUCAACAUCAGUGCGAUACUUGUGGCGUCCUAUUCGCCCGGCGCGACAUUCUGAACCGCCAUGUGAGCAACGGCCAUUGCGCGAAUUCAAAUGCUGCCAGACAUCGGUGCCAUACCGCGUGCGAGGCGUGUCGCGGAGCCAGGAUCAAAUGCGACGGCCAGGUUCCAUGUCGCGCGUGUUUCGAGGGUCGCCGAGAAUGUAAAUAUCCUACCACUACGGGCAGGAUCAGCCAUGCGAGCCGGGCACCUAGGAGCGUGAAAGCGGAAGGGAGUGGAGAAGUGGAUGAGAAGUCAGUGGGCUCGCCCUACGCCGAUGCUUCCGAUGAAGGCAUGCAUGGAUCUGAGGACCGAGAAUCACCUGAAGAGAGUGUCCAUGGACCACGUGCGAACGAGCGGACCCAUAGCCAGGCCCUGAUGACCCCGACUUCACUUUCUCCCGCGAUCGGAUCUGUAGCGCCAUAUAAGGAAAUGCUGACUGCAGGCGCUGCCGACAGUCAUAAUUUGAGGCUGGCCGGAGAUGUACAUGAGGAGAAGGCCUGGCCAUGGCUGCAUGAGAAUUUGUUUUUAUUGAACGGCGGGAAAUCACAAAGCCGGAAACCAUCACUACAUCACCAGAACGCACGACCAACAUCGACAGCACAGGAUGCCAAAGGCUCGAGCAUCUCAUCUCCAACCAGCAAUAAUACGCACUCUCCUCUCUCGAACACCAUCGAAAAUCUCGUUGCGUAUGCGGCGAACACGGCCUUCUCGCCCGAUGACCGCGGAAUCAGACGGCGGUAUUGGGAAUCCGUUUCACUACAACUGGCCGACAUAUUCCAAGACGCCAGUAAAAAAUCUGUUGUUGAUCCACAUCGCACUUUGUACCAGCUCGCCGAAUCCUUCCUCACCAACUUCAAUUCUGGAUGGCCCAUAUUGAACCACGAACAGCUGGAUCCGGAUACACAUCAUCCUGUGCUAUUCCUGGUAGUUGGUGCGAUCGGAGCGAUGUUCGGCGACGCAUUGCACAGACAGUAUGGCACACUGAUGCACGAGCGCCUAAGACGGCUUCUCAGUGCAAGUCUGUAUGAUCUGGAGGGCCCAGAUGAGGAUCUGGUCUGGCUGGCGCAGGCCCGCCUGCUCACCCAGACCGCGGCGCUAUACUUCGGCCAACACCAAGGCUUCUCCUACGCACAGCAUAUUGCUGCCAUUACAGUCGCACAACUCCGCCGCAUGGGAUUCUUCCGCGAGCCGAGUCCUGACGGUCUUCUGAUGGCGAAGCUGGCCAAAAUGUCCAACGAAGCAGAGCUGGCACAUUACAAGCAAGCUGAGACCCGCAGAAGAAUAGCUUUUGGCAUCCUGCGCACGGACGUCUACACCAGCGUCCUGCUCAGCACACGCCCACUCUUAUCAGCCGACGAGAUGAAAUUGACCUUCCCUAGAUCCGACUCAUUGUGGAUGAAUCUGGAAGGACUGUCGCCAGAAGCCCAGCUCCAGGCUCACCAGAUCGAAAACGCAAGAUGCCUACAAAUGCCCUUCUCAGACCUCAUACGCAUCUUUCUCGACAAGGCCGAGCCAAACCCAGAGCUAGGAGCUCUCGGUUACGAACUCACCAUGUUCGGUCUCCAAGAUGCCGUCUGGAAAUUCACACAAGAUCCCGAGCUCUUCCCACGCUUGACCGGUCACUGUCUAGAAGAAAUCGACAUCGCAGUAUCCGAACACCGCGAAAGCGUACCUCGUCCCAACGGCGAGCGAAUCAUCCCCGCGCUCGCCGUCGGCCAGAUCCGGCGACGCAUGGACGAACUUUACGCCGAGCGUGCACGUCUGCUGCACGCUCUCGACUCUUGGUCGCACGCCGUGAACAUUGCCAUCAACAACGGCACCUUCAUGUACCAUCGUGGUACCCUCCUUUCCUGUCUCAUGCUCUACCACCUCUCCCGCCUUCGACUCACUGCUCCUCUCGAAUGGCUACACCACAUCUCCUACCGUGCCGCUGAGCCGCAAACAGUCGACUGGCAUACCCACCGCAAAGUCGAAGGCUGGUUACGAAGUGCGUUCGCUCCGCAAGCGGCUCAGCAGGCCUGGGACGUGAAGUGGUUAAUCGAAAGCGAACUUCAACGGCCGAAAGGCGACCGAGCUCAUUUCAAUUUCCUGGCAUUUUGUAGUCUGCACCACGCGGCUGUGGUAUUAUGGACAGUCGCUGGGUCGGGAGAGAUGAGACCGUCGACGAUUCCGAAGGCAGAGAUUGAGACGUUUUUGACGAAUUGUCCGAGUUUAUUUAGUCAGUUGAGUUCGUUGGGUGGGAACUCGUUUGAGGUUGCGGCGUAUCGGUUGGCGGGACAUCGGUUUCCCACGGUUGCGGAGGUUGGGAAUUGAAUGAAUGUACACACAGCUUGAAUAGAUUUGAAGAGCAAUCUGCUUCUUAUGACUACGAGAUGAUCUUUGUUCAAUCGUCCAGCAACC